GAACAUCUCCAUCUUCCCUCUUCAGAGUUGGCUAUGAUUUUUGUUAAAUUUUGUCUGAUCGUCGCCAAGUGUAUGUAAACAAGAUAUUUUUGUUGAAAAAGUCGUGAAAAAAAAUGUAACUUGUCUACUCAAAUAAUUAAUAAGUGAAUUUUGUAUUAAUAGUGUUAAAUAAUAUAAGAACCAAAAUGAACCUUCCCCAAGGAGUAAUUUUUCCAACUGGGUCUCUGUAUGUAGGAGAUCUGGAUCCAGAUAUAACAGAAGCAAUGUUGUAUGAAAAAUUCACAACAGCAGGUCAGGUACUGUCUUUGAGAGUUUGUCGUGAUGCAAGAACCAAACAAUCUCUUGGAUAUGGAUAUGUUAACUUCAGUCAAACUCAUGAUGCAGAAAGAGCCCUAGAUACAAUGAAUUUUGAUCUUCUCAAAGGGAAACCAAUAAGAAUCAUGUGGUGCCAGAGAGAUCCUGCCUUGAGAAAAUCUGGACUUGGAAACGUAUUUAUCAAGAAUCUUGACAAGAACAUAGAUAAUAAGGCGAUGUAUGAUACUUUUUCUGCAUUUGGAAGCAUUCUUAGUUGCAAAGUAGCUCUGGACGAGAAUGGUUAUUCAAAAGGAUAUGGUUUUGUUCAUUUUGAGUGCGAAGAAGCUGCAAAUAAGGCUAUAGAAAAAGUAAAUGGAAUGCUUUUGAAUGACAAGAAAGUUUAUGUGGGAAAGUUCAUACCAAGAACUGAAAGAGAAAAAGAACUGGGAGAAAAAGCAAAACAAUUCACAAAUAUCUAUGUGAAGAACUUUGGUCCAAAUAUGUCCGAUGACAAGUUUUAUGAAAUGUUUCACAAGCUUGGAACCAUUACAAGUAUUGUAGUAAUGAGAAACAUGGACGGAUCUUCAAAGGGUUUCGGCUUUGUUGCUUUUGCUGAUCCCAAAGCAGCAGAAAGAGCUGUACAGGAAUGGAAUGGCAAGGAGUUUGAUGGAAAUAUUUUGUAUGUGGGAAGAGCACAGAAAAAAACUGAAAGAAUAAAUGAACUCAAGAGACGAUAUGAACAAUUGAGAAUGGAAAGAUACAACCGUUUCCAAGGUGUCAAUCUCUACAUCAAGAAUCUGGACGACAGCUUUGAAGACGAUAAACUGCGCAAAGAAUUCUCUUCCUAUGGAACAAUAACAUCAGCAAAGGUUAUGACUGAAAAUGGCAGAAGUAAAGGAUUUGGUUUUGUUUGUUUCACUUGUCCAGAGGAGGCGACAAAAGCAGUUACGGAAAUGAACGGCAGAAUCGUCGGUAGCAAACCUCUGUUCGUCUCACUGGCUCAAAGAAAGGAAGACAGAAGGGCUUUCCUGAACAACCAAUACUUGCAGAGAGCCCAAGCCCUGCGACAUCAGAACAGUAUCAACUUCCCUACAACCACCCCGCCAUUCCUUAUACCAGCUAUCGCCCAAGGUCCGAGAUUUUUCAACCAUAUGAACCCAUUGAACCACAUGAGACCAGCCCCACGAUGGCCUGUCCCGAACGCCAUCCGCCCGAAUGGCACCUACAGCUUGUCCUUGAUGAAUUCGCCAUACAGGGCGUCCUCCAGGUCUUCCAUAAAUGUACGCCAGAUGCACGCUCGACCAAUCACAGGCCAGCAAACUCCUCCGUCCAGGCCGAAUAGCAAAUAUACCAGUUCCACGAACAACACCAUGAGACCAAUGAAUGUGAGCAUUGGAAAUGGAGGGGACAUUUCCAUAAACUCCAAUUCUCUAGCUUCAGCAGGGCCGCACGAGCAGAAGCAAAUAAUCGGAGAAAAACUGUUCAGAGUUGUGGAAAAAAUGUAUCCGGAUAUAGCAGGGAAAAUAACUGGGAUGCUUCUAGAAAUUGAUAAUACGGAAUUAAUUCACAUGAUUGAGAAUAAGGAUUCCUUGAGGGCAAAAGUUGAAGAAGCCAUUGCUGUUCUUCAAGCUCAUCAAGCCAACUCUAAGAAGGGGAUUGUAGUGCAAGAAUAAGUUUUCAUGUUGAAUUAUUUAUUUCAAUAUGUUUUUAGUUAACUUCAAAAAUGUUUAAAAAAUGUUUAUUGAUAGGUAUUUGUAGAAUCAUUUUUAUAAUCUGAUAGUUUUGUGAAUCUCAAAAUAUUGGGAAAAUAUACUUGCUCAUGAUGAUGAGACAUAUUAGGAAAAUCGUCAUCACUAUCCAGAUAAAUUUUAUUGUAUUGUUUGAAUAAAUAAAUAUCUAUG